UAGGUGCCAAAGCGUGCAAAGCUAUAAUGCUCAUCUGCGCUUCUGCCAUGGUUGGCCCUGCCACGUUCCGGGCCAAUGGCACCCACGCGCCGAAAAGCGGGCGCGGCGCGCUGUGUGGUGUGCGGUCGUGCGGCCGAAGGCGUUUGCCCCAUUUGCCAGUCCGCGACCUACUGCAGCCGCAGCUGUCAGAAGCUCGACUGGCUGGAAGAUCACGCCACCAUUUGCACCCCUGCGAGCCCUGAACCGCCCGAGACCACACCAGAGGAAGUGGUCCAUGAGGGCCCCAAACCACUCUCUGAGUUGGUGCAGCUUUGGCGGGUUUCAGUGGAGAAGUUGUGGAUCGAGCUGCAGGAUGAAGAAGACCUGGAGCACUUGUCAGAGCUGGCGCCUUUACUCACAGAAGCUGAAGAGUCGCGCAAUGGUCACUGGUUGGUCCCACGCUGUGAGCUCUCCUUGGGCCAACGGCCCAUCUUGGUGACGGCUCCCCACUCCAUGGCGCUCCUCCGAGAUGGGCAAGCGCCACACCUGGUGGAAGGUAACACGGCUGAGAUCGCGGGUGGCAUCGCCGAGUACUUGGGUGGCAGCUGCCUGACGUGGUCCUUGUCCGAACGGCGGCGCACCGAACUCCUGUGGCGCCUGUCCAAGCGGGUGAACCAGCAGAGAGGCGCUCUCGACAUCCGCGAUGGGCAUCUGCUGGACCCUCGGAACCGGGAUCCCAACUUUUUGGCCACUGGAGAGCUGAACCAGAACUUAUGGUUCCAGCAAAUGUCCAAAGCCCUGCAACGCAUGCAGACCCCAGAUGGGAGAUAUUUAGAAACCCUUCAUGUGGAUGUGCAUGGAUGUCAAGAUCCUCCCAAUACCCCUUCUCAUUUGACCAUCGGUUUGGGCGCCAUGUGCUUCCAUGCCAUUGACCUUGGAGAUUCAGAGCUCUUCGAAUGGGCUCUACACUUUGGGGAUCGCCUCCACGAUGAGUUCCAGCAGGUGCUGUCGAAGGCUUCGACCUCAGGUCGCCUCCGUCCGCGCGCGCUGCUGGUGCGCGUCGCAGCGCCCCCCUCGGCUGAGGCUGAGGACGAGUGCCCGCGCUUCUCAGGUGCUUGGAGGGGCAUGGAUCGUCACACGCAGUCGCAGCAAGCCGUGGGCUUCGUAGGCUUUUCCCACUCGCUGCAGUUGGAGUUCUCCAAGGCCCUGCGGCAGCUGCUGGUGAUGGAUGAUGCCUUGUUGGCCAGGUUUGCGGAUGCAUUGCGCACGGCUUGGGCGCAUGCCAAGCAGUACCAGACCAAGGCUGAACGAAUGGAUGAGGGUCAGAAGGCUGUGAAGGAAGAGCGAAUGGCCGCGGGCGGUUGAACGCAGCAAUAUUGAGAAG